CUGCGGUCACCCAGCCAAGGAACCGAGCUGCGUGGCCCAGGGUGCUUCACGACGUCUUGUUCCCUGCGCCUCCAUCCCAGCGGUCUCGGAUUGUUCUGGACGGAGGAAGCAGGCUUUGGAGCUGAGGUACCUUGAGGAUUUAAGGUCUCCAGCACUGACCCUGUCAUGAUUUGCUGUGAACCCUGGCAGCCCUUCCAUUCUGCUCAAGAAAUCUCAGGUCUUCUUUCAGCUCCUUGGCCAGUGGCCUUGGUGGCACUCUACCCCUGUGGUCAGUCCAGAGCCUCUCCUGCCCAUGCAGUAUUCAGCAGCCACAGUUGACGGCCUUAGUGGCCCGCUGUCUGGGGCCUACACACUCCCCACCUUCAAGUUCCAGCCUCGCCGUGAGAGCAUAGACUGGAGGCGCAUCAGCGCUGUGGACGUGGACCGUGUGGCCCGGGAGCUGGACGUGGCCACCCUGCAGGAGAACAUUGCUGGCGUCACCUUCUGCAACUUGGAUCGAGAGGUGUGCAACCACUGUAGGCAGCCUGUGGACCCGGUGCUGCUCAAGGUGCUGCGCCUGGCACAGCUCAUCAUCGAGUACCUCCUGCACUGCCAGGACUGCCUGAGUGCCAGCGUGGCGCAGCUGGAAGCACGGCUGCAGGCCAGCCUGGGCCAGCAGCAGCGUGGCCAGCAGGAGCUGGGUCGCCAGGCUGAUGAGCUCAAGGGUGUUCGGGAGGAGAGCCGGCGGCGGCGAAAGAUGAUCAGCACCCUGCAGCAGCUGCUCCUGCAGACGGGGGCCCACAGCUACCACACGUGCCAUUUGUGUGACAAGACAUUCAUGAAUGCCACCUUUCUCCGGGGCCACAUCCAGCGCAGGCAUGCAGGCACGACAGAAGUCGGAAAGCAGAAGCAGGAGCAGCCACUGGGCGAGGUGCUGGAGGAGCUGCGGGCCAAGCUCCAGUGGACCCAAGGGGAGCUGGAAGCCCAGAGAGAAGCUGAGCGGCAGCGGCAGGCCCAGGAAGUAGAGAUGACUCGUCAGAGGGAAAUAGAAGCUAAAAAAAAGUUUGAUGAAUGGAAAGAAAAAGAACGGAGCAAGCUUUAUGGGGAAAUAGACAAGUUGAAACAAUUAUUUUGGGAUGAAUUUAAAACUGUUGCCAACCAGAACUCUACGCUAGAAGAGGGAGACCAAAUUUUGACCUGA